AUGAAGCCUCUCUUCCUUGUGUUUGUGUCUCUCUUCUUUUGGGAUCCAGUGCUGGCAGGCUUGAAUCCAUUAUCAUCAGAACUUCACAAGACAUGUUAUAAAAAUGGUACCUGCCGAUUUGAGUGCUAUGGAAGUGAAAUGUUAGUUGCCUACUGCCUGUUUCAGCUGGAGUGCUGUAUCAAAGGAAACCCUGACCCCUGA